AUGGCGAGCGAGCACCGAAAGCUAGAGUCCUCUCCCGGCCGAACGACCUCUGGCCGCACUUCGCUUCCGCCCCAGUACGAAGCCGCAGACUACGAGCUCAGCCGCCUCCAUCUCACCGCCAGCACAUCAUCCGAGUCUCUUCCCAAGUACGAGCCCGUCUCUCAACCCGGGGCACCAUCGACCUCGUCGUUCUCGCCAUCCUCUGCCACGGGCCUCGAGGCUACGCACGUCUUUCAGGUUGAGACCCACGGCCAUCCACUCUUCGCACUGCCCAUCUCGCCUAGGCCCGACCCUAUACUUGUGUAUAGCGUCUUGCCAACGGGCGAAAUCGGCCCCGAGGUCUAUCAGUCCCUCCGCGAAAAGCGCAACUCCGGGAGCUGCACUCUCGUCCGUGCCGGUGAUGGCGGUCAAGGCCAGAUGCCAGUCUGCAACACGGCAUAUCGCUUCGGGCCCUAUCGCCCGCCCAAGAUUCGCCUCUUGGGCGACGUGGCCCACGACCAAGACUUUGAAGUCCACGAUAAGGCCUGCCACACGCGCGCGCAAGUCAUCCGCACCCACCUCGGCACCUUCCGGUGGCGCUAUGCCAGCCGCGCCGAGUGCAAGGCAAUCGGUGCCAGCAGUCUCCUCGUCCUCGACUUGAUCACGACGGUAGCUGCUGCUGGCGGCGCCAAGCAGGGCGAAAGGCGCAGGGCGGUUGCCCAGCUGGUGCGCAACGAGACACUUCGGACUCAGGGCACGGGCGGGACCACUGCGGGCAAUGGCGGGCGAUUGCUCGUGGACUUGAGGAAUUGGGUCGACUCCAAGGGAGAAGCGCAGCAGAUGGAAGUGCUUGUCAUUGCAAGCUGCAUCACCAUGUUGAAGAAAGAAGUGGACAGGCGCCGGAUGCAUCAACUGAUUGUCAUAGCUGGCGGCGCGUCGGGAGGGCCGUGA